AUGUGGGCCGUGAUCCGUCUGGUCCGGCAGGACUUUGCCCUCUCCCGCGUCGAGAAAGAGAUCCGAGAGAAGAUUCGCGACACGAUCAAGAAUCCCCCUCCUCUUCCCCCUCUCUCUCCUGCGCCUGAGGCGACGGCUCCCCCUGCCGAUCCUGCCCUGCAGACGGAGACCCUGCAGAAGCCUUCCUCAGGACCCCCCUCUUCUGGUCCCACUGCCGCCCACCCCAAGCCGCCCGCUGGUUCUAAACGUUCCACCGGCCCUUCGCGCAAGAGAAGAACCCGCGCUAAGAAUAAGAAAUUAGCUCCUACAGACCCCGUGGACGCUCCUAUCCGCACGCCCUUACCCGGGCGAUCCAUGUUGGCGACCGCCUCCGAGGCCGAGACACCUAGUAAACCACCGAAACAGCCUUCUCCGCGCAACUGGCGCGACGAGCUCAUCCCCGCGACCAAACAAACCCUGCAGCCCGUCUCGCAGAUACCAGAUCUGAACGAGCCCUACUGGCAAUUUCACUUUAUCGAACUCUGUCUUCGGCAGGUUGAAACACUACUUGUCUAA